AUAAGUGAAGGAAGAUUGAACUCUGAAGUUUUAUUUAAGUGUCAAGCGUGGUUGUCACGAUUUUGUAUUUGUAGACACAUAAAUAUUAAUAUAUAAUAUCUAAAUAUGAAGCUACCUGAGAAAAAGAAGCUUAAAAAGCAAAAAAUUAAAAAGAAAACUAUAACUAAACCCAAAAAGGAGAAGGUACUCGUUGUAGCGCAAGAAUUUAAAUUUGCCCGUUUAUUGUCCGAAAACGAGAAAAAAACACGAGAUCGUGUACUUAAAACGUUUAAAAAAUGGCUUUUAAAUUGCUUCGAGAAGGGUUACGAAUUCAAAGAAGAUGAUUUCAUCAGAGUAUGGAAAGGUUUAUUCUAUGCUGUUUGGAUGUCUGAUAAACCUUUAGUUCAGGAGGAUUUAUGUGACAGUAUAGCAGAUAUUCUGGACUUGUUCCCUCCGGAACAUAUUGCGAGUGCUAUGCUGAUGAGCAAGGCUGGUUUCAAAGUGCUGGCCACCGAGUGGUACGGUAUCGACCAGCACAGAAUGGAUAAGUUUCUCAUGCUUGUCCGUCGUUACCUGCGUGGAAGUCUCCGUUGCUUGCUGCGAUGUGGCUGGAGUCUCGAGAGCUGUACUCUUUUCACAGACAUGCUUAGCAGCAGUGAUGGUUUGUUCGCUCUGACGACGCCGUUGUACGCUCGUAACGCGCUCUCCUUGAUUCUACACGUCGCGGAUUGUUAUUUGGAAGAAAUUUCAAAGGUGUCGCAGGGCGCGGUCCCGGACGCGAGCCUGGCGCGGCUGCUGCGGCCGUUCUGCGCGCUCGUGUGCGGCGCCUCCGACGCGCGCAGCGUGGCCGCGCGCCGGGUGCUGUCGGCGCUCGUGCGGCAGAGCGAGCUCGGCCUGAGCUACGAGAGCAAGGCCCGCGCCUGGCAGCAGAUGGGAUGCCCGGCUGGAGGCCCCGACGCGUUAGAGCUGGUGUCCGAUGACGAAGCGGAAGAGGACGCCGGUCCCGAUGAGUCUGAAGACACAGAAAAUGGCGCGCUGGACCCGCGCGCGGGCCGCGUGCACGUGGUGCUGCGGCCGCUGCGCGUGCCGGCCGCGCUGCUGGCCGAGCAGCUGCGCCAGCUGCUGACCGGCGCCGGCUCGCGCGCCUACACGCGCGCCCGGAUCUGCGCCGAGCGGUUUGAAGAGUUGGCCCGCAACAACUACCCACUAAAGAUACCCGAUGUCGAUGCGCAGGGUCUGGAACCGAACCUAGAUCGCGCGGAGCCGAUGCGAGCUGCGUCACGCCUGCAAAAGCUGGAGAAAACUUUGGCUACCACUUCUGAUGAACUUGCGCUGCGAGGUCUGAGUAGAAAGCACCGCAAGCGUCUCCUAGCUCGCAGCCGCUCUGGACUAAGUAUCGUGGAUGAGGUCGCUAAAGGACAAUCGGACUCCGCCAAUGGUGAUUGGCAAGUAGAGCCAGCAAAAACAGAUGACAGUGACAAGACAAAGAAGAAUGAAUCGAAUAAAGAAAAUAAAGCAUCCAAGAAGAAGAACAGAAAGAGAAAACUCCAGAAAGAAGAUAAUGUACCUCCGACUGAUAAUAAAAAACCUAAAACUAAUAAAAAUGAAACAAAUAACCAAAAUAAAACCUCAACAAACGUAAAAGUCAAUAACAAGAAGGUUAAACAAAAUAAUCCCAGCAACAAACAAACAGAGAAUACUUUAAACAAACCAAAUACUAAACAAAGCACAGACACGAAGGCCGGGAAGCAGAAAAAUAAGAAUCAAUUAAAAAAAGAGAACGUUAAGACGAAAGAUGAGCCUGCGAAAGUUCUAUCUGUUAAUAACAAAGAAAACACAAAAGAAAAUCCAAAAUCUAAACCGAAUGACAAACAAACUACACAAACAAAUGUUAAGAAAACUAGUGAGAAUAAAAACGUCGUAAACGGAAAAUCCAGUAAAGCAAAGGUUGAACCGAAGCUGGUCGUCAAUAAAGUGAAGAACUAUCAAAAACAAACGAACGCCAAUAAUCUAAAGAAAGAGACGAGCCCAAAGAAGAAGGUCAUCUUGGAAACUCCGAAGAAAGUUAAGUUUGUUUUGAAAAACAACAGUAUGCAAGGCCCCGUGGAUUAUUACAAGAGCGUGAGGCAGAGCCCCAGCAUCCCGUACGACAGCAGCAAGAAACCCAACAAGACCAACCUCAAGCCCUCCACUCCGUCCCCCAUCAAUCCGUUCUUCAAAAAGAAGUUUAAAUCGAAAUUUUGAUUAAAAUGAUUCGUUUUUGUUGAUUAAUGAUUUUAUUAAAAUCUAUCGCUGAUAGACUUGGAUGAGUCUUAGAUGACUUAAACAAUAAAUGUGAUUUGACAUUAAAAUACCUAUUUUAAAAUGACGGCUCCCUUCUACUUUAUAUAUAAUAUGUUCCAAGUUAAUUAAAGAAUAUUUUUUUUUUAUUAUUGUUUAAAAUAAUGAGUUCAAGAGACCUAUUUUUAAACAAACAUUUGGUUUGG